UGCUGUCAUUUUGGUGAUAAAACCUGGAAGUAGUAGAGUGUUCGAAUGUGAGUUACUGCGUGUACUUCCUGCUGUGAAAGAGGCGAGUUUACAGUUUUAAAAUCAAGAUUUUUCAGGCUAGGCGUUCCAAGUACAAUGGUGACUACUAACAACUGCUGUUUUUGCUUCAGCCUAAGGACAGGAUCCCUCAUCAUAGGAUGGUUGCAUUUGAUAUCAUCAACAAUAGGUAUUAUCGGGUAUCUCAUAAUGUAUGCACAAGAUGGAAAUGAUCAGGAUUACGCCUUCCAAAAAAGUCACCCAGGUAUAUUUUGGGCAGAUGCUAUACUCACCGCCAUUAAAUUAAUAGUGGCAAUAACCUUCUUGUACGGAAUAUAUACUGAACAAAAGCAGUUUAUCCUCUACUAUGUAUAUUUCCUCAUCAUUACCAUCUUAGUGAGUAUUAUCUUUCUGGUUAUGCUCCUCUCCACUGAUGCAUUUGGUGCGGUCGCUCUAGUGAUCAUCAUAUUUUUGAUUGGAUUUUUGUACUCUGCCUACCUAGCUUUCGUGGUCUACAGCCUGUACAAGGAGAUGGAAGGUCACAAUUAGCAAACGAAGAAACUACCUUUCAUUACUAUAGUAUUUGAAAAUUUUUUUUAAAUAAAUGUCGUGAUCCCUUUUUUA